CGGAGUGAUAAGGUCAAUAUGUUUUCAAUGGGAAUAAGGAACUGUUUGACACAAACGUUCUUGUCUUUUGACAUGCUUAGAAAAAUUAGCAUUUUAUUUCUACAGUUAACUGUUUUUAAAUCAAACCUUUUUUAAUUAUAUUUACAUAUUUGUUUUAAUGUGGCUUCUAUUGACCUGCAAAAUCAAUUAGUCUUAACUCAAUAACUUCAUUAUAUUAUUUUAUACCAAAUGAAAUUUGGAUUAUUUAUUUAUAUAUAGCAUUUAACUUUUAUCGAAUGCUUUUUUUAUUGAUAUGAGGUAGUAAUUAGAAAGUAAUUCCUAACAGCCAAACCCCUUGAAGUUGAAAUGUUCAUGUUGAAGGUUACAAGAAGAUCCUCCAACUGGAGUCAGUGGUGCCCCAACUGACAAUAAUAUUAUGAUUUGGAAUGCAGUAAUUUUCGGACCGCAUGACACUCCUUUCGAAGAUGGAACUUUUAAAUUAACUAUUGAAUUUACUGAAGAAUAUCCCAAUAAACCCCCAACUGUAAGAUUUGUUUCUAAAAUGUUUCACCCAAAUGUUUAUGCUGAUGGUGGAAUAUGUUUAGAUAUUUUACAAAAUAGAUGGAGUCCUACGUACGAUGUUUCAGCGAUAUUAACAUCUAUACAGUCCCUUCUCAGCGAUCCUAAUCCUAAUUCCCCAGCGAAUUCAAUGGCAGCUCAACUGUAUAAAGAGAACAGGAGAGAAUACGAAAAGAGAGUAAAGGCUUGUGUAGAACAAAGUUUUGUAGAUUAGCCGAAUAUCUGUUUGUAUACUUCGAAGAAAACAUUUGAUGUCAGCAUUAUAUAUACCUUACUUACGAACUUAAGCGUCAAAUUAUUUUUCCGAAUCGGAGAGGCAUGUUAAGUGAUUUUUACAGCGGCACAAGCAGGACUAUGUUAACUUUUUAAUUUUUAGGAUAUUAUCUUUGUCUCAUAUUUAUUAUUAUUAUAAUUAUUUGAUUUCUUGUAAAUUACAUAUAGCAAAAUGAAAAAAGAAAAGAAAAAAUCAGUUGCUUUGAUACUAAAUAUAAGAGCUUAUUUUUUAUUUAUUAAUUUUUUUUCAUUUGUUGUUUUCCUAAAACCUUUCACCAUUAGCUAUUUAAAUUAUUAUCAUUUUCUUAUGUUUUACUUUUGUUUGUAAAAUGAAUUUUGAAUUGGUGCAUUUGAGUACAAACUAUUGAACUUGAUUAUCA